CAGCUGAUUAACUGAUAAGAGGUAAAUGUGUAAACAAUUAAAAAGUUAGGACGCACAGUGGAAAAAGCAAUGAUGAGUGGCACAAUUCAUGGACUGAGUUGGUUUCCGCAAUUUCCAGACAAAUUCGUAACCUGGGGACAAGAAAUUAAGUUAUAUGAGCGCACGCAACACGAUGAUAGCCGGCGAAGUGCAUUGCCAAAUAUAUCGGCUAACUUCUUAGCCACAGAGACGCGGUACCAGUAUGCGCGUUGUGUGCAGCCGUCCUACCACAAAAACCGGCCGAUUAUCGCCGUUGGAUUGGGUGAUGGAAAAGUUGGUAUUUGCGAUUUUCAUGAAACUGUCGACAAUAGCUGGGAAUUUACACCACGCCAGCAACGCAUGUGCCUUUGUCUAGCCUGGAAUGAGUUUGACCACAAUGUAUUGGCCAUAGGACAUGAUCGUCAUCGCUCCGAUUCAUGUAUUGCAAUUUGGGAUAUAGAACGUGGUGUCCCCAAAGAUGCAGUAAGUUUCUUUGGACACUCGGAGUCUGCCCACUCAAUGUGCUGGGACAAAAAUCAUCGCAUGCUUAUUGCGGGUGUAAGCCAGAAGCAGAUAAAGCUGUUCGACUUAAAGCAGGGCAACACUACCUGCCAAUCCAUACAAACGAAAAUGGUACAUGGCCUCGCUGUGGCUCCAAAUGGGAACUAUCUCUGUUCUUACUUGGAUUCGGUAAUUAUGAUAUGGGAUUUACGAGUGCUGGACCAUCCGCUGAAGACUAUACAAUCGGGAAAGAAUCAUUUACAACUUAGUUGGUGUCCAACGCGCUCCAGCUUACUUACAUCGCUACAACGUGAAUCUCCCUUCAUCACCCUCUAUGAUAUACGCAGCGUGGACGCAGAAAGCAGUCGGGAGGUGUACCAUGUGAAGCGACAGCUGCAGCCAUUCCAAGCUAAGUACUAUGCUUCAAACAAACCGCCGACACUCACCUAUAUCUCCUGGCACAACACGGAUUAUGAGCGCGCUUUGCUGCUUUCGGAGCAAGGGACCAUUUUGGAAAUUCGUUUACCGCUUUCUCUGCUCACCACUUAUAGCAAUCAUAAAAAAAUACCGCUCCUGCCACAGCGUCCGCUCGCCAUUGCAAGCACUCCAACACGUCAAAAUAGCAGCCAAAGCACUUCAUCUAUUAUAUCUACAUCCACACUCAAUUCGGCGCUUAAUUUCGAGAUUCUUGACCAAAACUUAUCCAAAGAAGAAUUGGUUGAAGAAACCUAUCAGCGUGCUCUUAGUGAUUAUGGUUUGAAGACAGAUAGGCAUGUCGACGGGUUGCCUUUGACACCAUAUUUGAAAAGUGUUUGGCUAACUUUGAGUAAUUUGUAUAGAGAAGAACGCUUAACGGGUUUGAAAACCAUUUUGGGCAUUAGUUUAGGUCACACAUCAGAGGCGUUGAUGGCCUCAUCGCGUAUUGAAUCGCGUGUAUUGCAAUGGCCAGAUUUCAUAAAUUCCAAUAAUUUGGUGUGCUACAGAAGUGAACAACGCGAUGUGGCGCUGAAACUCUGCGGCUGGGUGUUCGAACAGGACUUGGAGCGCUUCGUAAACGGGCUGUGUGACAACAAGGAGUUCAGUCGCGCUGCCAUGAUUUGCGUAUUUCAUCUGAAAAUCGUUUUUGCUUGCGACAUACUCUCAAAAGCUGCAGAUCUCUCACGCAAUUCGAAGGAUCCUCACGAUGCCAGCAUGUUUCGCAUUGCCGCUAUUGCCCUAUCCAGCUUUAAUGCAGAUCGUUGCAACUCGACUUGGCGUAAUCAACGCUCAAAUGCCAAUAAACAAAUACAGGAUGCACAUUUGCGUGCCAUAUUCUCAUUCCUCACCACCGAGAAUGAUAACUUCGAUGCGGUGCUGACGGAGGAUGGCAUCUCACUUGCCGAUCGCGUGGCUUUCGCUUGCAAAUACUUAUCGGAGAGCAAGUUGGCAGAUUAUGUUAAGCAGUUAAUACAAAAAUCGAUUGAAAGCGGUGACCUAAAUGGCUUGCUGCUCACUGGUGAAUCGCUGGAUGGCAUCAAUAUACUGCAAGCUUACUUGGAUUUAACAUCCGAUGUACAAACAGUCGCGUUAAUAGCUAUCAAUUAUUUCCAUCGCGAACAUUUCGCAGAUAAUCGCAUACAAUAUUGGAUUAGCAGUUAUUUAGAUGUUCUAAACUCGUGGGGCCUUUGGGAGAAACGCACCGGUACACGCACCACCCGCAGUGUUUUUCUCUCGUGCAACUUUUGUGGCAAAUCGGUAUCGAGUGCUUUGCAGGAGGAUGCGCGCAUGCGCAGUGCCUCUUCGAAUGUGAAUAAACUUUCUUCCUGCCCUAGUUGCCGCAAACCACUACCGCGUUGCUCUCUAUGCUUGCUACACAUGGGCACUACGCUGAAUAUUUCGCUACCCAGCGAUGCGACCCACGAAAGUUUGGGCUGGCAAUCGAAACCGUUUUCGAAGUGGUUCUCCUGGUGUCAGACUUGUCGACAUGGCGGCCAUACCGAACACAUGAUGCAGUGGUUCAAACAAAAUUCUGAAUGUCCUGUUAGCUCCUGCACUUGCCGAUGCUUUGACUUGGACGGCACCGUGCCCAAUGACUUACCCGACUAUUGAUAGCUUUAAUAGGUUUAGACUUUAGCAACAUGACCCCAAUUAUCUACUCGUUAAUUGGGCUAUGCAAUCCUUAAUUAGUUGUAAGUUUAUACGAAAAUUAAAAGAAAAAUCAAGAAUA